AUGACGCCGUCUCUCCUUCGCCCCCAGGCAUAUCUGUCGAACAAAGAAGUCCUCGAACUCGCUCAGCAAGCUCCCAACAUCCUCCGCAACAACCCCAAGGCCUUCUCGACAUCACCGCUAGUCUCCCUCUUUACUGCGUCGGAAACGCCAGAGUUAUGGAUGAUCUACGAGAACCUGUUAAUAGCCUGCCUCAGGACGGGCGAUGACCAGUCCGCCUUUGAAAUUCUGGAAAGGCUUAUCCAGAGGUUUGGCGGUGAGAACGAGAGGAUAAUGGCCCUAAAGGGGCUGGCAAAGGAAGCGAAGGCCGCCAACAAUGCGGAGCUCGAGGCUAUUCUUAAAGAAUACGACUCGCUCCUAUCUGGCCAAGCGGAAAGCGAAACGAACAUUCCAGUUGCGAAGCGCCGGAUUGCAUUACUUAAGUCGAUAGGACGAAAAUCGGAAGCGAUAGCGUCCUUGGUUAAGCUAUUGGAUUACUCGCCGACGGACGCCGAGGGGUGGUCGGAGUUGUCAGAUCUCUAUCUUUCUCAAGGCUUGUACGCGCAAGCAAUCUAUGCUCUCGAGGAGGUUCUUGUCCUACAAGCAAACUCUUGGAACAUGCACGCUAGGCUGGGAGAGAUCCUAUAUAUGGCGGCCACCGAGCUGGCAGAUGGUAGUUCAAAUAGGUAUUUCGCGGAGUCAGUAAAGAGGUUCUGCCGGAGCAUUGAGCUCUGCGAUGACUAUCUACGUGGAUACUAUGGCCUGAAGCAGGUCACGGGUACUCUAUUGAGCGAUCCCAAGCUCCUCAAACCGUCCAAGCAGGCGGAUGGGGAGGGCAUGGCCCUCCCUCCCAAGAAAACCCUGGAGGCAUUAAACGAGAAAGCGACGGCGAAGCUUGGCGAGAUUGUGCGGCGAUACAGCACGGGAGAUGUCCAUUGGCAAGGGUAUGAUGCGGCGGAAAUUGAGGCCACCCGACAGCUCCUUGCCAAGGAUGAAGCCCAGGUUGUACGAUAA